AUGGAGUCCAAAUCAUCAGUCAUCCUCAGGGCGCCUGGCGUGUCGCAAAAUGUCCAGGGGACGCAGCCCCAAGGGUAUUCACCGCCCAGCCUUCCUUUUCUGCAGGGCACAUGGCACGUCACCCACAGCACUCUACCCAUGUGGAGGUCCAAACGAAAUGUCAAAAUCACGUACGAGGCACUUGCGCCAUCAACACCUGACGCCGCUCCAGGCCAGACGGACCGUCUGGACGACGUUGUGUCAUACCAAGCGCUCGAUUCUGAUAAAGUGCACACAGUUCACGGCGUGGACAAGGCUAGUGGAGGCAUUGGAACGACUGACGUGUGGGAUUGGCGCGGUAAAGGAUGGCUCAUGAUCGCCAGCUCUCAUUGGGAGGUUCUGGGAUGGGCAGACAAGGGAGCUGGUCAAGACAGCUGGGUCGUCACAUACUUUGCCAAGACACUGUUUACACCAGCUGGAAUCGACUUUUACAGCAGAGGCAAGGAAGGGCUGAGUGAACAGACAGUGCAGGAUAUCAAGGCUGCGCUUGCACGUGUUGAAAACGAAGACGUUCGUCGCUUGUCGAGCGAGGUGUUUGAGGUCAAGAUGGACCAAUCGGCGCAAGGAGAGACUUAG